CAACUUCUCUCCUAGUCUUGGAGAACACCAACCUCGCCUACAUUACCCAGCAUGGCAUCACAGAACGAAGAAGCCGCGCUAUUCUCCUGCACUAAGUGUCGUUCAAUGAAACUGAAAUGCGACCGCAUGAAGCCUUGUUGCGGCCGCUGUGCCAGGCGCAGCGAGAGCUGUGACUAUCCCCACUCAAGGAGGACAAAUGUCGGCAGGAGAAAACGGGUUCGCGAACUUGAAGUCAAGUUGGACCAGCUCGAGAGUCUGGCUAGGCAGGCGAAUAAGCCUCUAGAUGACAGUGAGAUUAUGGAUCACUACGCUGCCGGUCAAAGCACAGGAUUCUCGGUUGGAGAUUCUCCACUUCUGUCGGCCAUAACUGGGCCUACUUCUAGCGCAACUGCUUUUAAUGCAGAUGCACCUGCGGUUGGUACUCCGUCGGCUGAGUUGUUAUCGACAGGAACAACUGAGCAACGACUUUCUCCAGAGGUGUUAGAGUAUCUCACCGAUUCAUAUUUCGACAAAUGGCACCAUGUUGCGCCCAUGCUUCAUCGAGCCAGUUACACGAUGUCCCUACAGUUACCACCCCACAUACGACCCCCAAUGUGCCUCCAGUACAUUGUGAUGGCGUGGGGAGCUGAAAUGGGCAAAACUCACCGCCAUUUAGCAUUGCCGUUCUAUCAACGAGCUAGAGCAUACGCGGCAGCUGAUGAGAUCAAGGACAUUAUAACACUAGCGCACGCACAGACGUGGUGCUUAAUGUGUUAUUUUGAAGCCCAUUAUUUGCUUUUCUCACGAUCCUCGAUGAGCAUUUGUCGAGCUAUCAGAAUCGCCCAGAUGCUCGGUCUUCAUCGGGUUGAUGCAGACGAUCUGGAAACUAUAUACUUGAUGCCGCCGCCUCAAUCCUGGUUAGAAGCAGAAGAGAGACGUAGGACAUGGUGGGCGCUUUACUGUUCUGAUAGACUGGUAGGUGGCAGCACAGGCUUGCCGGUCUUGAUUAACGAGCAAGAAGUAUUUGCACGGCUUCCUGCGUCUGAGGCAGCUUUUGAGACAGGCGUCGAAAAGAUUACGAGCCUAUGGACGAGCACUUUUCAGCCAGAGGGACAAGAUUUUUCUCCUUUCGCUAGACGUGCCUUGGCCGCAUCACUGUUCCAUCAAGCUUUCCUACAGUCGGAUCCUGCAGCAUUGGAUGAUAACCCUAGAGAUUUAAGGACUAGCAUGUAUUGGAAGCGUCAUCGUGAAAUCGACAAUAACCUGGUCCUUUUGCUCCAAGCGCUGCCUGAUGACAUCAAACUCCCAAAGCAGAUAAGAUGCCGAAACGCGAUUUUUGUUAACAUCAUUAUUCACAUGUCGCUCAUCUGCCUGCAUAGGGCAGCGAUUUCUAAAAUGAAGGUUUUCGAUCUGCCUGAGAACAUGAUACGCCGUAGCAGAGCCCGGCUGGUCUGUGCAGCGGAAGAGAUACUCGCCAUCUUCCGAAUGAUGUCCGACAUUGACGAGAACCUCAAGAAUUCAAUUCUAACAUUUUCCAUCUACAUGGUAUCUCAGGUCCUUCUGGAAGACUUGGAUCCCGAAGAGGAAAAUCUCUCGCAACAAGAUAACCUCGACUUCAUUCUUCGUCUCAUGAUCCUGUCUGCGAGGACAUUGGAUAACCCUGUCACGGUUUCAAUGGCCGUGCAGCUGGCGGUGGAAAUGUUGCAGCGAGGUCUUAAUUCCACAGCAGUCGAGACGGCAUGUGAGCUACUAUUCACUCGCACGUUGACGCCAAUCUUCACCAAAAACAGUACCCCGUCAUCGAAUAUCAUAUUUCGACUACCCAUCAGUAACCAGAUGUGAGACCCAACACCUUUGUCAACUUCGAUAAUACCUAUAUAGCAAAAUGCAUUCAUUAAACCGGC